UACCUUACCUUUAAUCAGUGUAGCGUAACCCUCACAAUUCAGCCUUACAGCAACAUACCCAGUUCCCAUUUUUCUCCAUAUUCUCUCCUUUCUCUUUCGCUGUCACCAUCUCAUUUCACCUCUCCUACUCCUUCUCCUUCUCCUUCUCCUUCUCCUUCAUAAUUUUAAUUAUAAUUAUAAUUAUUAAUAAAUAAAUAUAUUAUUAUUAUUACAGAUUUGUUUGAAACAAAAGAACAAAGUCAUUGACAGUGAAACAAGUACUAUAGUUUUUUGUCUGCUUCUCUGUAACCUUGUUUUACUCUCUCUCUCUCUCUCUCUCUCUCUACAUUCUUCCAAAUCUGUCUUUAACAUGCACGCUCCUCUUCUUCUCUCUCUCUCUCGAUUCAACACUUUCUCAGAUGCUUUCUAUUGUACUCUCUUCCCUUCACUUUAGCUAAAACUCUGUCUUUCACCUCUCUGCUAAAUUUUGGCUUCUUCUCAGUUACUGCUUUUGUUCUCUACUCUUUAUUCUCCUUCCAAAAUUCAAUUCUCUUCAACCUACUCUUUCAAAACUAAAUAUGAAGGAUUUCCCAUCUUGUUUUGGUGAGAAUGCAGUUCAAGUAUCAGAUUCUUCAUCUUCAAAUUCCAACAAAACUGCACAGAAUCUCGUUAUUUGCGUUUACCAAUGCUCAAUUCAAGGUAGAUCUUGUUUAAUUACCAUAACAUGGAGUAAGAGUUUAAUGGGUCAAGGGUUUAGUGUUGGGAUUGAUGAUUCUUCAAAUCAGUGUUUAUGUAAAGUUGAUGUAAAACCUUGGGGGGUGUUUUCAAAGAGAAAGGGGGGUAAGACUUUACAAGCUUAUUGUUGUAAGAUUGAUGUUUUUUGGGAUCUUUCUUCAGCUAGAUUUGGUGUUGGACCUGAACCUAUAGAGGGUUUUUUUGUAGGAAUAGUUGUUGAUAAACAAAUGGUUCUUCUUCUUGGUGAUUUGCGGAAAGAAGCUUUUAAGAAAUCAAAUGCUGUUCCAUUAUUACCCUCUAAUGCCGUUUUUGUUGCUAAGAAAGAACAUGUUUUUGGUAAGAAGUUUUUUGGUAACAAGGUUGUGUUUUGUGACAAUGGUCAAAUUCAUGAUCUUGUUAUUGAGUGUGAUACUUCUAACGCAAGCGAUCCGUGUCUUAUAAUUCGGGUCGAUAGCAAGAUUGUGAUGCAGGUAAAGAGGUUGAAGUGGAAGUUUAGAGGAAAUUAUACCAUACUUGUGGAUGGAAUUCCAGUUGAGGUUUAUUGGGAUGUUUAUAAUUGGCUUUUUGGUACAUCUUUUGGAAAUGCUGUGUUUAUGUUUAGAACAUGUUCAUCUCAAGAUAAAAUUUGGGCUUCUCAACCAAUUUCUGAUGCCAAUGUGUUGCAGUGGUCUUUCUCUCAGAGGUUUUCUGAAACCAAAUUGCAACAAGGUGUUGGUUUUUCUCAUGUUUUGUAUGCUUGGAAGAACGAGUAGAGUUGUGGAAAAUUCGUCGUAGUUGGUGGAAUACUAACAGAACUUUUGUUUGUAUUGUUUCCUCUUUUAUAUUCAUACCCUCAAAUUUAUCUGUGAAUUUUAAUAGAUCUUAGAAUUUUUUCUCCUCCAAUUGGCUGUAUAUUUAUCUUUAAGUGUUAAUUUUAUGAUUCAUAGUACAAAAACUAGAUGUUCAACUUUUGUUUAUGUGUUUUUCAAGUGCUGCUUUUUCAUUCUUUGGAUCUUUUUUGUCAUUAACAUACAUAGUACCCUUUAUCUUAACUCUUAAGUUUCAUAUUGUCAUAUAUUUUAAUCAUUUUGUAUUGAAAUUCAACUUAUUAAAUAUGUGAGGAAGUACUGCAAAGUGCAAACUAGUAAUGUCGAAUAACACAGAAAAGAUACAUUUAGUACAUGUUUGGUAUCACGGUGGAUAUACUAGAACCACGGUGAGUCAUCGUGAUUCUGACAAAAUCCAUUAUGAUACCAAAAAAUCAAAAUAUCAAAAUCACGAUGGCGCUGUGAUUAAAGAGGAAGGGACCUAAAAUAGUGAAACUAUCACCAGGCUGAGGGAUCAAUCUUCAAUACUUGUGAAAUCACCUUGGUAUGAGAUUCUGGUGAACUCAGAUCCUCUAUAGUUGUUAUACGGUGUAUCGGUUGUAGCCUUGUAGGGAUUUUUAAAUAAACAAAACUAAUGAUCCCUACUAUUAACGCAAUAUACAGUAGUUGUAGAGGAUCAAUUUGUUUAUUUUUUUAUUUUUUGGUGCUAAGAUGUGCAAUAUCAUUUUGGUUACCAUAUGAUUAGUGACAUGGCUUUUGAUGUCUUGGUCUGCUAACUAAACUAAUGAGAUAUUGUCUGCUAAUUAUGUCAUCUGGUUCAUGACUCCCCCAAAUAAUGCCAUGCUGCUCUAUUGCGUUACUUGUAGAUCUUUCAUUCUCUUUCACAGCCAAAUCUAAUAGUUUGUCUUUCAAUCCUGCAGCCUGUCUUUUUUUAUGAUUCUGUCAUACAAAUCAUGCUACAGGUCAUCAUUGCUGACAAUGGUUACAGCUGCAAAUUCAGAUGGUAAUCUCCUAUGUAAGAGCUAAGAAAAUCUUGGAAGAUCCAAACUCAACAACAAACUGUACUGCUGUCAUUGAAUUAUUUAUUUAUGUUCUAUCAUCCUUUUCAUAGCAUCUUUGUAAUUAAAUAAUAGCAUUUGAAGAUAGCAAUAUGUUAAAAGUAUCUUCUUUCA